AUGGCUGAAUAUCCGGACUGGAAGCCACUCAAGGACAUUUACGAAGCCUCUAAUGGCAAAUGCAGACUGUGGAUCAUUAAUCCAGUUAUCUUCAAGGACGCUGGACUGCAACUCGACUGGGGCACCGAUGUUGGGCGUUUCGUUGUGCGACAGAUCUACCAGGAGAUAUGUAUUCACCGGACAAUGAGUACACGACAGGAACUUCCUGAUGGCAGUACCCACUAUCCUGGAAUCGACAUGGCACCAAUCACAAUCGUGGUUGAAGAAACCCAUCAUGAUGAUCUAGGACUCGAUGAUGUCAAUAUCAGAGUUGAAUCAGCCGGGCGAGCCCAUGUCCGUAACCUCUUCAGCAGCCAGGUCGAGUCUAACCUAUCAGAAAAUGAGGGCUAUGAGCAGACACCGGGUUUCAACUUUGAUGAGCACGUGAAAGGCGUCCUCACUGCCUUCGAUUGGCAUAACGAGAGGAUUCUCAACCGAGACACACCAUAUAUUUAUGCCACUGUUGAGGAGCUGAAGUUGGUGAUGAAAGCGUCCGAGGACCCGGAUUUAGCGGAGACGACCUCUCAUCUGGUUGGAGCGAAACGGCUUCAUGAUAUGAUCUACAGAGAUCCCCAUGGCGGAAUGGACUUUGUCUUCAACCAAGUCAACGAGGAUCUAUCUAAUCGCGCGCCUAAUGAUAGGCCAGCUUACAUGUGGUGGCUAUGCUUCAGGAGCCCAAUCAUGACCCGAGCCCUUGAGCUGGCAUGGAAGUACGCCAAGGAGGAGAAACAACAAGUGUUGGUCUAUGUCGAUAAUCCAUGGAUUCAGUACAUGACGGUUGGCCUGUUCAGAAUCACUGGAUUCAAGACUAUCACCGUGCGACCCGAUGACAAACCUAAGGAAAAGGCAAAGAUUAUUUCUGGGUGGAAUGCCCCAGACUCUCCAGACGAAAUCUUUGUGGUCAAUGUCAACACCAUGGGAGCUGAAGUAAAUGUGCACCGGCGCUGCUGCAAGGCGAUAUUCCUCAACUGGAUGUUCAGCAUCAAAACCAUGCUUCAAGUGGUCGGCCGCUUUUCACGCGUCGACCAGACACAGGAAGUCAUGGUUCACCUGAUCAAGCUGAAGAACUCAUACUACGACAAUAUUGAGCGAAUCUCUUGUACAGAGUGGGCAGCCCAGUUAUCGGCCGAAAUUAAGCUACCGGGGUGGAUGACGGACCACCUUCGUGAGAUCUGCAUUUUCGAACUCAUCAAGACGACAUUACAUCAGCCUUUCAAUCGGUACGCUUGGGUAGUCAACCUGGAUACACAAGGGAUUGAGAUGGAGUACCAUUCCAAUGACACGGUCCGCCUUGGCCACAUGAUCUCUGCACUUGCGAAAUUCCUUCUCGACGGAGAACAGGAUAAGGACUUCUGGGUCAAAAACGCCGACAUCUUGAUCGAAGCUUGCCGCUACAAGAUGGAGUCCUGGGAAACUCCCGAGCAGGUUGAGGAGUUCUUGAUGCAAUCUCCAGAAAAUUGGAAAGGGGCAUUCUUUAAGUACUUUGAGACAGCAGUGCAGGUUGUGCGACAGAGUAUGAAGACAGAUCGGAUGAUGAAGGCGCGUAUCGAGGCAGUGAAGAGAGGUGUGGAAAGACGAGCUGGCGGUCAGCCGUUGAGUGAAGAGUUUGUUUUUGCCAGCGAUGCAAAUGAUGGCAGUGCUGGUGGUGCUGGGUCUUCUAAGCGCAAGGCCAGUGGAAACGGACAGGCUAACUGGGCCAAGAAACAGGCUACUUAG